AUGAAUUUCUAUGAACGAGUAGCGAGUGCGUUUUCGUGGAUGAGAGGCGCGUCUAAGGCAAAGGGAAGUACAGAUGUGCUCACAACCACCAAAAUGAAGGAAACUGGAGCCCCGGAGGCGGAUGUACAACAACCAAGUGCCUUCACCCCAAUGAGGUUAAAUGAAGGCCACCGGGAUCUGGGGGAGACGACCAAAAAAUCACCGGGCGCAACGGCCCCAGAGAGCAGUAUUUCCGAGGGAAACUUACCACGGGAUGGUGAUGACGAUGCCUUUUUCACUUUUCUUCUAGGCUCUAUUGAUGGUGGGCACGAGGAAUUUCUGGGUGAAAUCAGUAGGAGUGAUAUUUCCCUUAGUGGGCAUAGCAAGCGUCAAGCACCCCUUCCUAUUCCUGCGGAUGCGGCUGAUAGAUCCGUAGAAGACGAUAAGGAUUCGGAGGUGAAGAGUUUGACGAACACCCCGCUCAAAGUGAGUGGAUGGGAAGAUGUAGCCUUAAGUGGGUUGGGCCGAGGCUCAUCGCCGAGUUGGACCAUCUACAAGAGUGACUCUUCUUCUGCCGCUCGAUCACUUAGGGAUUAUGAACUGCUGGCGUAUAUAGGUAAGGGCACCUUUGCUGAGGUAACGUUGGCGCGACAUAGAGAAACGCAUACAUUUUAUGCUGUCAAGAAGAUAUCCAAGAAGAAGGUGUGGGAUGAGGACUGCGUCCAAUGUACAUUCACCGAGCGGCAUCUGCUUGCAUCAUUCAAGCAUCCCUUUUUAGUCAACCUUCACCAGGCAUUUCAGAGCCAGUCAUGCCUUUACCUCGUCCUUGACUUCGCACAGGGUGGUGACUUGUAUGUGUUCCUGGAGACGAAGCCGUGGAUUAGGGAAAUGCGUCGUAAAUUGCAUCGAGGCGCGGGGUUCAACCAACGGAAAGGGUCAGGAUUAGCGGACAGCAAAGUUAUUGUUUCCGAGUCACCCUUAAGGCAGCCGCCCUCACCAGGACGUUUCUCCUCCAUGCGCUUCGCCCCCGAUGAUAGUCGCACGCCUAUUCGGAUUAUAGUAUUUUGUGCCAUCGAAAUCGCUCUAGUUUUGCAGUAUCUGCACACGCAGGGUUUUGUGUACCGUGAUCUCAAACCGGAGAAUGUUCUGAUGACAUCUGAUGGCAAUGUUGUGCUUGCAGACUUUGGUGUAGCCAAAUACCGCGGCGUUCCGGGUGCGGGUGGUACGAUUGACUCGGGGACCCGAACAGAUUUCCAUGCCGGCACUUCGCUUUACAUGAGUCCAGAAGUGCUGUUGGGUGAGGCACAUGACUCUCGUAUUGACUGGUGGAGCUUUGGUUGCAUGCUGUUCGAAAUGGCAAACGGGCGCAGACCAUUCGAUGCAAAUAACCGGUACGAUAUAAUGAAAUCCAUCGUUGAAACCGAUGUUCAGCUGCAGCCCGGGGAUUUCAUGAUCACUGAGCUCGAGUUGGCGGCGCGUGUUGCACAAUUGACAUGCCAGUAUGAGGAGGAGUACGGCACCCACCGGCCGUUCCGCGGUUCUCUCGUCGAGCGGGGUGAUGGUAGACAACAUGCAACGGCUCCGUGGCCCGGUGGCGACAGUGCUGGGCAGCCGUUGCGACCAUCUGGUCCCGCCCUCUGGACGUUUCCCCUCCCAGAUCUGGUUGAGCAUUCAGAAGUCACAGAAAAGACGUUGAGCGUAUAUGAUACGGCUACGUGUUUUGAGGAAACGUGGUCGGCACCCAGUGGUGAGAGGGCGAACGCGAGCUCCACGGAACACCACCCUCUUCCUGUGGGGUCCGUGUCACUCGAGAGUAGCGACGCCUUCACGGAACACGCAACAGAAGAGCUGACAGAGGCAUGUACAUUACUGAAGGAUUUGAUUCUUGCAUUACUUCAGCGGUCGCCCGAAAAACGGCUUUGCGGUGAGCGUGUUUUGGAACAUCCCUUCUUCUUAUGUCCCUACGCUACUUCGCAGCUGUACUGCACGAGGAAAACAUCCAUUGUCAGUUGCGGCCAGAGGAAUUCCGGUGGGUCGACGCUUAGUUGUAAUGCCACCUCUUGCUUACCUCAUGUCAGCGACGCUACGGACACAACAUUGGACCAAGCUUUCCCCUUGAUGGGCUUGCCGUUGGCUAGUUUCCGUUCACUCAGAAGGGCAAGUGUCGCGAGCCGAAGCUGUCGUAGUGACACCAAAGGAACCUCGGACCCGGAGGUUGUCAGACCACCGGGCGCACCGUUCGCGCAAGAUUUCCUACACCGUUUCCCAAUUCAGCGGCCCGCAGAAUGGCGGGAACUAUUUCUGUCGGGAGGCAUCAAACCGCCGUACGUUCCACGUCUCCGAGCUGCAGAUGAUCUGCGUUAUUUCCCCCACGCUGUGACGGCCACAGGCAAGCGGGUGGCCGAUCAACAGCGAGGGCUUCGCAAGCGGCACUCUCGUUAUAAUGACCUCCGCACCAAUUCAGCGAGGAGCCGGCUGGUAGAGCAGAGCGCCUCUGUAUCCUUUUCAACAGAAGGGGCUCGAGCAUUCCCUUUAGACAUUGUUCCAGGCGGUGUGGAAGAGGAGGAAGAAUUCAAAGGGAUGAAAGAAAGUUCUCACACGCCACUUGUUUGCCCCAGGGAAAGAUUGGUGUUGUCGGCGAUAUCAGAGUGCAACACCACCCCUGAGCCGGACUUCGGGGAGGAGGAGGAAACAAACGAGCCGAACUGCGAACCAAAAUUAGGGAGGCGGAUUGACUUCUUUGGGUCAGUGUCGGCCCCACAAACACCUAACGCGGUGACGUCAACAUCUGCAGAGGGGUUCCCGUCCGAACCAUAUAAGAGGAAAGAUAUGGGGCAUUCUUCGGGUCCAAGUGCAGAGGACGUUCGGACUCCGGAGCAGAUGGCUAUGGAGUGGGUGGAGGAUCGGAUUCGCAAUGGGUUUUCAACAUCGACGGUAGCUUUAGGUUCGCCUUUGGGAACCACCGUCAACGUGGGCAGCCAUGUUGAUGGUGGUGAGGACAACCAAAGGCCAGUGUGUACCCCCACGAAAUGUGAAACGAAACUUGCGGAAGAGGUUCAGCAAGUGGGAGAGGAAGGUCAACGACGUUCCGUAAGGGGUGUGUGUCUAUCGCCUAAGUUCAACGCAUCUGUGGCCUCUUCUUCAUCUAGAACAACUUACUCCACUUCAGCAACGGAGUGCGGUAAGGCUACUGAGAUGGUAUAUCACCCGGCGGCAGAGUUACCCGAUACACUUACGGGUGUGGCGUACGACGUGGACGAUUAUGUGCCCAGUAGGUCAAAAAAGCGUGGAGCGGUGCUGUUAAACCGUACGGGAAUCCCCCCGCACAACUCCUUGGGUCGAUGCGUUGCGGAAGAGAUCUGUCAACGUACCUCUUCACCAACCGUAGGCCAUCACUCGCGUCGACCACCGCCUGUCGGUCACCAACCCGUCGCCACGCGGCGGGUGCUAUCGCAAAGCCAUCAAGCAGGAGGUGAGUUGGCUUCGACAGAUAUUCGCUCUCCGAUAUUGGCUGGCUACCUUAACCGAGAGUCGAGACAGUACGACGACUUCAACAGCAAUCGCAGUUCGGUGGCGUCACACAAUUUUAUAACGCAGGGGAGUGAAUUCUGUUUACCAUUCUGUGCCACAUUGGGUAGCGGCCAAAACUCUGAUAGUAAUGCUGAGAAUAGCGUCUCGCACAAAAUGGAAAGCACCGAGUUCACAGGUGCUAACACGGCUCUACCACACUUCAUGGACUUCACCUUCAACAGUCAUUCGGGCGGCGCGCGGCUACUGGGAAGCUUGGAGGGUGUUGGGAACACGUAA